AUGAGCAGUGGCAGUGAUUCGGGAGAAUCCCAGAAACAAAAUGUAAAUACAAAACGUCGACAUAGUUUAAAGACGAGUAAAUUUUAUUCGCCCCAAGUUAGAAUACCGCCAUUCUGGGCCGAAAAACCAGCAAUUUGGUUUGCGCAGGUGGAAUGUCAAUUUUUAGCAUGCGGUAUAACUGACGACGCGACCAAAUUCUUCCACAUUCUUGGUAAUCUGGACAGGCAAUACGCUUCGGAGGUAGAAGACAUACUCGUCGGACCUCCAGACUACCAGCGUCUGAAAGCGGAACUGAUAAAACGACUGUCGGUUUCACGCGAGAAUAAGGUGAAGCAGCUGUUGAUGCACGAAGAACUUGGAAACCGUAAACCAUCGCAGUUCCUUCGGCACUUGCAACAUCUGGCUGGACCCCAGGUUCCUGAAGAUUUUGUCAGGACGAUUUGGUCUAGCAGACUACCUGCGGGAAUGCAACCGAUCAUCGCGUCGCAGCCUACCCUAUCCCUGGACGCCUUGGCUGAGCUCGCCGACCGUAUUCACGACAUAGCACCAGUUUCACACCAGGUGGCAGCAGCUACAGCGCCUGCACCUUCACCAAUCGAGGAGUUAACCAAGCAGGUAGCCGCACUGACGAGACAAGUUAGUGCCCUUAGUGCUCACGCCCCGACCGAAGGAUAG